AUGGCUCCUGUCGGUGCUGGUCUUUGGCGCACAUUGCGCGCGCACCAGGUCUAUGGUGCUAAUACCGACGUCGGCAAGACAAUCGUCUCGACGGUGCUGUGCAACGUUGUCCAAAGACAGAAACAGAGGGCUGCAUUCCUGAAGCCUGUCUCGACAGGGUCGCUGGAUGAGGCUGAUGAUCGGCAUCUCAAGCGGUACGGGGCUGGAACCUUGACCAAGUGUCUCUACCAAUUUGAUGAACCGGUUAGCCCGCAUAUUGCUGCAAGGCAAAAGACUGUAAGGGGAGCUCCCUAUCUAUCCAAUUCCAAGCUAAUGGAAGAGAAGAUCCCUCAAGAUGAUGAUUUGCUUGCGUCUAUUCAUAAGACCCUGUCUGACUGGGCCCGUACGGACAUUGACUUCGCCCUGGUUGAGACUGCAGGAGGCGUGCACUCACCAGGCCCCAAUGGAAACUCCCAAGCUGAUCUCUAUCGACCAUUACGACUGCCGAUUGUCCUCGUGGCCGACUCGCGUCUAGGAGGCAUUUCGUCUUCCAUUUCCGCAUACGAGUCCCUUCUGCUCCGAGGAUACGACGUACAGUCAGUAUUAUUAUUCCGCGACAAUUAUUAUCAAAACCAUGAGUAUCUCGGCGAAUUUUUCCGCAACAAGAGCAUCCCCCUGGUCCCAUUACCAGCCCCACCUGCAAAGCCAUCUCAGACUGAUGCCAGCUCACUGGCAAAGGACGAAGAAGCUAUGUCUUCGUAUUACCAAAGAGUCUCGCAAGAGUCUGAUAUCAUGCGUCUGAUUGAAGAAAUGAACGUCAAGAACACUGAACGAAUUGAACGCUUGGAAGAAAUGGCUGGCCGUGCUCAAGACCUGAUCUGGUACCCCUUUACCCAGCACCAUGGCAUGCGUCCAAAAGACAUUACUGUGAUUGACUCUGCGCAUGAUGAUUAUUUCCAAACAUUUGGCACCGGUCGCUCAGAGAAGCCAGAAAGUGAGCUUCGUCCCACUUUUGAUGGCUCGGCCUCGUGGUGGACUCAAGGAUUGGGCCAUGGCAAUCCUGAACUGUCUUUGUCUGCAGCCUAUGCCGCUGGUCGGUAUGGCCAUGUGAUGUUCGCAGGCGCAGUGCAUGAGCCGGCGCUCGCGCUCGCAGAUAAUUUAUUAAAGACACUAGAUAACCCGCGCUUUGCCAAGGUCUUCUAUACAGACAAUGGCAGCACGGGUAUGGAGGUCGCUUUGAAAAUGGGUCUUCGUGUUGCUUGCGACCGGUAUGGCUGGGAUGCUAGUAGGGAGCAGAUCAGCAUCCUGGGACUCAAGGGCAGCUACCACGGAGACACUAUCGGUGUGAUGGAUUGCUCUGAGCCAUCAACCUACAAUAAGAAGGUUGAGUGGUACCGUGGCCGUGGUCACUGGUUUGACUUCCCCCUCGUCAAGAUGGUGGAUGGACAAUGGAAGGUCGAAGUUCCCGCUGAACUGAAGGCUGAACUUGGAGCUGAUGCUGAGUUUGAAUCUCUUGGUUCGGUGUUUGAUCUGAGCACUCGCCUCAACUCUGAGACGUCCCAGCGCUACAAGGAUUAUAUCCGUCGAACCAUCGAAGAUCUGGUACAACGCCACGGGAUGAAAUUCGGUGCACUCAUUCUAGAGCCUGUCAUCUUGGGUGCUGGAGGCAUGCUCUUCUGUGAUCCUCUUUUCCAACGAUGCUUGACUGAUGUCGUCCGCGACCACCCGGAAUUAUUCUCCCCCAAUGCCACGUUGCCCAAGGAUGCGUCAUCCUGGUCAGGCUUGCCAGUGGUUUUCGACGAGGUCUUUACUGGCCUCUACCGACUUGGACGCCCAACGUCGGCAUCUUUCCUCGGUGUGCACCCCGACAUUGCUGUGAAUGCAAAGCUUCUCACCGGCGGUCUGAUUCCCCUGUGCACGACGGUUGCCAGCCAAGAAAUCUUCGAUACUUUCUCGAGUCCUGAGAAGAGCGACGCCCUCCUCCACGGUCAUAGUUAUACCGCCCACGCAGUGGGAUGUACUGUCGCCGUUGACUCAUUGAAUGCCAUGUCCAACAUGGACAGCAAUGGCUCAUGGGAUACUUUCAAGAGUGAUUGGAGCCAAAAGAUCACGGCCCCCGCGGAUGCAUCUGUCCCGGACGUAUGGAGUGUGUGGUCCCAGGGUCUCAUUCAAGAUCUUUCGCGUGCCGAGUCUGUCGAGAGCGUCUUUGCGAUUGGAACUGUUCUCAGCAUCUCGCUGCGCGAUGCCCAGGGUGGAGGUUACACAUCCACCGCUGCUAAGGGCCUGCAACAACAACUUGCUAUCGGUGGCGACCAGUUCAAUGUCCACUCUCGGGUCUUGGGUAAUGUACUGUACUUGAUGUCUAGUGUUACAUCAAAGCCCGAGUCGCUGCAGGAGCUGGAGAACUUACUGCGCUCGUCGCUUGUCUGA